AUGGGACAUGGAUCGAAUGACAAGUUGUUCAUAACGCCGUCCGAGUACAGCGGACAGCAUGGGCAGCAUGGAGCAACCUCAGGCGCACGCCGAGAAAUGAGCGUCGUUGUACCGUUUCACAUGUGUGCCAUCACGCACCAACCCUGGACUACGCCGGCAUGCCUUGUGCAGGAUGGCCUGAUUUGUGAAAAGGCACACCUUGUCGCAUUCAUUGAGCAGCAUCACCAGAGUCCUGCAACUGGCGAAAAAGCUAGCAUCGAUGAUAUUCUCAUCUUACAUAUAAGUCAGAAUGAGCGGCAAAUGUCGCAGGACCCCGUCUCGAUGCGUGAAUUCACGGACCACAGUCACUUGGUGGCAAUCCGGACGUCCGGACAUGUGUACUUGUAUGACACCGUGUUUCAGCUGAAUGUCAGGACAAAGAAUAUGCGCGAUCUUGUCACAGAUGUACCUUUCACGAAAAGUGACAUCUUGACGUUACAGGAUCCGCAUGACCCAGGUCGUCGCACCAUGCAAAACAUGUAUCACGUACAACAUCAUCUCACUCCGAAGUACGGUAUGUAG